AUGGCAGGAGCCGAUGGAGACGACUCUCUUUACCCUAUCGCUGUUCUCAUUGAUGAACUGCGAAACGAAGAUGUCCAGCUUCGACUGAAUAGCAUCAAAAAAUUGUCAACUAUCGCUCUUGCCCUGGGUGUGGAGAGGACUCGCACGGAACUCCUUCCCUUCCUCACAGACACAAUCUAUGAUGAAGAUGAAGUGCUUUUGGCACUGGCAGAACAGCUUGGUAAUUUCACCAUGCUGGUGGGAGGUCCAGAGUAUGUCCACUGUCUAUUGCCUCCUUUGGAAAGUCUAGCAACAGUAGAAGAGACGGUAGUGAGAGACAAAGCGGUGGAGUCCCUGAGGAAGAUCUCCCAGGAACACUCUCCAGUUGAUUUAGAGGUUCACUUUGAGCCUCUGGUCAAGCGCCUGGCCAGUGGUGACUGGUUCACCUCUCGCACAUCUGCCUGCGGCCUCUUUAGUGUUUGUUAUCCCCGUGUUUCCAGCACUGUCAAAGCUGAGAUUCGUCAGCAUUUUCGAACGCUCUGUUCAGACGAUACACCAAUGGUGCGUCGCGCCGCAGCAUCAAAAUUAGGAGAAUUUGCCAAAGUCCUGGAGUUAGAUUAUGUAAAAAGUGACAUAAUUUCACUCUUCACUGCCCUGGCAUCUGAUGAGCAGGACUCAGUACGGUUGCUUGCAGUGGAGGCUUGUGUGAGCAUUGCCACACUGCUGCCUCAGGAUGACUUGGAGACUCUGGUGAUGCCAACACUUCGUCAGGCUGCUGAGGACAAGUCCUGGAGGGUUCGUUACAUGGUGGCCGACAAGUUCUCAGAGCUCCAAAAAGCAGUUGGCCCAGAGAUCACCAAGAACGACCUGGUUCCUGCAUUCCAAAACCUACUGAAGGACUGUGAAGCUGAAGUCCGAGCUGCUGCUGCCAAUAAAGUCAAAGAAUUCUGUGAGAAUCUCCCUGAAGAUAACAGAGAGCAGAUCAUUAUGACUCACAUCUUACCGUGUGUCAAGGAGCUUGUUUCAGACACAAACCAACAUGUGAAAUCUGCCCUGGCCUCGGUCAUCAUGGGCCUGUCCACCAUCCUGGGCAAAGACAACACAAUAGAGCACUUACUGCCACUGUUUCUGGCCCAGCUCAAGGACGAGUGCCCAGAGGUGCGUUUGAACAUCAUUUCUAACCUGGACUGUGUGAAUGAGGUGAUCGGCAUCCGCCAGCUCUCUCAGUCUCUGUUGCCUGCGAUCGUGGAGCUGGCAGAGGACGCCAAGUGGAGAGUCCGCCUGGCCAUCAUCGAGUACAUGCCCUUGUUGGCGGGUCAACUGGGAGUGGAGUUCUUUGAUGAAAAACUAAACACACUCUGUAUGGCUUGGCUGAUUGACCACGUGUAUGCCAUCCGUGAGGCAGCCACCUGUAACCUCAUGAAGCUGGUGGAGAAGUUCGGUGCAGAGUGGGCUCAGAACACCAUCGUCCCCAAAGUCCUGGGCAUGGCCAACGACCCCAACUACCUGCACAGAAUGACCACGCUGUUCUGCAUCAACGCCCUGUCGGAGGUGUGCGGCCAGGACAUCACCACCAAACACAUGCUCCCCGUGGUGAUGAAGAUGUCCGACGACCAGGUGGCCAACGUGCGCUUCAACGUGGCCAAGUCUCUGCAGAAGAUCGGCCCGGUUCUCGACAGCCACACGCUGCAGACCCAAGUGAAGCCAGUGCUCGAUAAGCUCUCCACAGACAAAGACAUGGACGUCAAGUACUUUGCCCAAGAGGCCCUCAGUGUUCUUGCCCUAACCUAUCCAGCUCACCACGAAUAA